AUGAAACAUACAAAGCAGGAAGAUCUCACGGCUGUGUUCAAGAACGCUGAUUCGCAAGGUCUCUUAUCCAGAAGCAUCGUUCCCACCAAGUUCCACGAGAAAAACCCCGAUUUGAUCCUUCAAAACUACGAAGCUUAUAUCAACGACACACCGAAGGUUACCAAGGUGUCCAUUCACGACAAACUCAACAAGAAAGAGUAUUCGACGCCUUAUGAGCUUUAUCAUGAUAUUAAGUUGGUUGCUGGUCAUGAGAUAUCACAGCUUCCUGUUGGAUGUACCGAAUAUCAGGAGAUCGACUUCUUCUUUAAAUUCACUACUGAGCUUUUGUUGAGAGAGGUUGGCACUGUGGGCAUCAAGUUGAAGACCGACUCCCCUGACGACGAGACCUUGGCCAUUUUAUCCGAUGAUUUCGAAAGAAUUUCCACCAGUUACUCCGUCACCAAUGGCGAGGUCAUUACCCAGAUUCAUAAGUACGACGAGCCCAUCGCUCCAGCCUAUCACAGCUUGUAUGGCAGCCAGCCAACACCUCCAGCGACUAAAACCGUGGUUCAGCCAUUAUUUACCGGUCUUGUGGGAAGAUCUGCUCUUGACACUCGUAACACUGUUGUUCCUGGUCCAUACCAGUUGGCAAAGGUUGUGGGCACACCACAUGUGAUUGCUGGCGAAAGCGGUACCAUCAAGGCUUUUGGUGGCUUUUCCUCCAAGAUUCCACCUCCUAACCAGCCUCCUACUCAGGUUUUGGAUAGCUUCUUCCAUCCAAAUUGGUAUACUAUUGAAGCACCUAAGUGGUUAAUUUACAAGCAGAAAACAUUGAAGCCACCUGUUGACUCGACAUUGGUGAAGAAUGUCAACUCUAACGACCUACGUGUGUUCGAGAAACAGAGUCAGUGCGUUUCUUUCGGACCUUUGACUGACCUGAGAGGCUCAGUUUUGAGUGAAGAACUCAAGACGUCUGUAUGGCUCAACCACAUCGGACGCAAGAAAAUUAAUGAAAUCCGAAGAGACUACUUGGCUGCCAAGGAAUCAGACAUCUUGGAUGACGAAGGUCUUGAAUCUGAGACCACAGAGAGUGUGCCAGUUGUGGCAGAGGUGCCAACUGCAGUUUCAGAACCAGAAGUCGAGGAGGAGCCUACCGUUGACGAUGGUAAUGUUAAACUCGAAAACAUUCUUAGAUAUAGCCCAGAAACUGUCAGCAUGUUGCAAUUGUUAAAAGCUGAGAAAGAAGAGCUUGUGAAAACGCCGCGUGAUUUGCAGAGGAUUAUCUCUUCGAGUUUGUUGAAGUUGAAUAAGGUGCGUCAAGAGAGAUACUUGCGUGUAGGUGUUUCAGACCCUACGUCCACCGAAGUCGCCCUCUACAAGAAGAUUCUCAAAUUGGUUACGCUUUUGAUAACAUCCGAUGCUACCAAGCUGAGCGAGUUUGCUUUGAGAAUUAGCAAGAAGUUACCUGUUCUUCUCAAUGAUUACCACGGUGUGCUACCAGCACCCUUGACCAACAAGAUGGCACCUGCCGGCAAAACAGGAAGAUUACCUGGCAUCAGAGGGCCCUACAAGAAAAAGAAUAGAUACUUGUGA